UAUUUUCUUAUUUUCAAAUCAUAUCUAAUUUUUGGGGUGGAUUAUUAUUUACCAAAAUAAAGAAAAUAAAAUAAAAUAUUAAAAUGAACUUAGAUACGAGUAUACAGGUACACUCGAAAUUGGAGAAGGAAACUUCUAAUAUGGUCAUAUUACGGGAAAGAGUGGAAAAGUAUCAUGACUUGUCUAAUCAAAUGUCUGGAAUUCUAACCAUUUUUGAGCAGCGCUUGGGUAAAUUGGAACAGACAAUAUUACCAGUAUAUAAGGAAACCGAACAGUUACAAAAACGACAACAAAAUCUGGAAGCAACAUUAAAUUGCCUGGAGACUGUAUUGUCACACUAUGAUGUUACUCAAGAAGUUUGUAACUUAAUACACCAAGGUCCUACCGAGGGCAGUGUAGCCGUAUUUCUUGAGGCAUUGGGUCGUCUACGCUCCGCCAUGGAAUAUUUUCUGCACCAUAACUCUCAGAGCGUAGAAUUGGAAAAUGUUACUAGCCUUUUUAAUACCGGCUGCGAGGGUCUUAAUAAUCAUUAUCGUUCUCUCUUGAAAAAGAAUGGUAUGCCUUUAAAGCCUGUGGAUAUUUUGGAUCUAAUUUAUAGCGAAGAUGACUCAUCCAAUGAUGAGUACACCUCGUUUCGGCAACUAACUCAAAGCACCAGGGAAGAACUGUUUACCAUUUCCCAUUGGCUGGAGCAGAAUUUGCGGUUCGAGUAUACAGUAAUCUAUGCAACGGAAAGGGGCGAAGUUGUGUUCCGAUCAUUGCAGAAUUUAAAAGAUCAUCAGAAGAGCAGUAGUUGGGGCAAUGAGGCGCUGAAAUCUCGCCAUUCGGGGCGCCAGGAAACCAAAAAGAGUCCUUCAAUGCGCCUUCAGCAGAUCUUUGAACGCAAGGCCAAUAAGUUGUAUUUGAAAGCCACCCAGACUCUGAACAGCACUGGCAUAUCCAUUAAAAAGGCCACCUCACAUUCGGAGCAUCUAUCCUCCGAAGAGUAUGCCGAUGGUGAUCAAGAGUUGGAUAAAUACUUGGUUAUGCUACUAGGCUUGCAGAGACUCUUGAAUUGGGAAAGGGCUUUGAUGCAGGAGAUCAUACCCACUUCCAAGCAAUCAGAUGUCUUUGCAAAAUUGGCCUACAAAUCCAUUGAUAUGGUGGUUAAAGAUGCCGAGGCCAUAACAAAUCGCAUAAUGCGCAGCAUUUCCCGCAAGGAAUGGACUUCGGCCUUGGGUAUAUUUAAAACUCUUAAGAAUGUGCUAUUGCUACAGCCCGACAUUGAUAGGACCUAUGAUGUUCAGCAAAGAGAACAACUUACCAAAGUGCUUAAGAAAUUACAAUAUACGGGCGCCAAGGCCUUGGAACAUUUCCUAGAAGUUGUACGUGGUGAUUCCACCACAAAUAUAGUGGGCAUGAGCUCCAGCACUUUGGGUUAUGUAAAUGUGCCCAAAGAUGCCACAGUACAUGAGUUGACCUCCAAUACCAUAUGGUUUAUAGAGAAUCUGUUGAAUCACUAUGACGUUAUUGGGGUUAUAUUGCAUCCCGAUGUAUUAUAUUCCACCCAAUUGGAUUCAAUACUUAUUAAAAAGCAACUACCCGCGGAGGAGCACAACAAGGCACUAUUUGCCAUUUAUAUAAAAAAAGCUUUGGCCGAAUUGAAUUUAUCUAUUAUGAAUAAAUGCGAACAAUAUAACGAUCAGGCCACCAAACAUUUAUUCCGCUUGAACAACAUGAAUUACAUUCUAAAUUCUUUGGUCACCUCGAAUUUGAUUGAUAUUGUCACCGUUGCCGAACCGGAUUGCCGCAAUAGCUACAUUGAAACCAUAAAGGAGCUCAAAUUUUCAUAUCAGAAAACUUGGUCGAAAAUGUUGUCCAACAUUUCACCUCGGGAUGAAUUACCCAAACCAGUGGCAGGCAAAAUCAAGGAUAAAGAUCGCGGUAUAUUAAAAGAAAAAUUCUUGGCCUUCAACAAGGACUUUGAAGAGGCAUGUAAAAUCCAAAGGGGGAUUUCUAUACCCGAUGUGACAUUGCGUCAGGGCAUUAAACGCGAUAAUGAAGAGCACAUUCUACCCAAAUACAAUGAAUUCUUUAAUAUGUAUGCUGGUGUUCACUUUAGUAAAAAUCCUGAGAAAUAUGUGAAAUACAAGCCCCAUGAAAUCAAGGCCUGUCUCAACAAGCUAUUCGAUGAUUCAGCCUAAACCAACUUUAAAUUGUAUUAGUUUUCUUUAUUUUUUUUUUAUUUUAUUAUUUAUAAAGUUUAGUUAUAAAAAAAGUGUUUCUUAUCGUAUAACAGUUAUUAACUAAAAAAAUAAAUAAAUAAUUCCAUAAAUA